AUGGCCGCGUCGGGGGGACCACCACAACGCGAGCAAGAAAAAGACUUUGAAAAAGGUAAAUGGCCUUUUGGAGGUGAAGGCACACCCGACACUGUGCCCAUUCCUUCUGGCGAUGGGUGCGUCAGAAUAAGCGAAGUGCUUGGACGCGCUGACAAAGAAGUUGGAGAGUAUUCUUUCGGAGGAAAGGCCGAUUCGCUGCCAGCCGUACCAGGAAUAUGCAUCAACGAUGUCGGGACGAUCUCCGUUCCGUUUCAGGAACACGACGCUACAAAAUUGAUUGAGAAGUGCGAGAAGUCACCGUUUGGUCACAAUUUCGACACGAAGAUGGACGACAACGUUCGUAAGAGCUGGCAACUGGAGCCUAGUCAGGUGGAGUUCAAGAAUCCGCUUUGGGAAAGUGGCCUCCACCAACUAACUCGUACGAUCACUGAACGCUUGGGAUAUAGUGGAGUUCCACUGCAGUGCGUGCUGUACAAGCUGCUUGUGUACGAAGAAGGAGGUCACUUUUUCAAGCAUCAAGAUACCGAAAAAGAAGACGGUAUGAUCGCGACGCUGGUUGUUCAGUUGCCUUCGCUACAUGAGGGAGGCGAUUUGGUGAUUUAUUCCAAUGGGGAAGUGAAACAUCGCCACGAUUUCGGCAAGGCAGAUGGAACAGUAGCAUUCCUACCACACUAUGCUGUACACUACGCGGACGCUGAGCACGCUCUGGAGACGGUGACUAAGGGAUUUCGUCUGGCGUUGGUUUACUCGAUCUGCUUACCGAAGGAUCGGUGCCAGUUGAAACGAGUAUUCGACAAGCCUCUUAGUGACGAUCUUGUGGGUGCUAUCGGUAUGGUAUCUGAUGGAGACGAGUCUUUCGCGUUACUGCUGUCCCAUGAAUAUACCGAGAAGAGUAUCGAAGAGUUUGGAUGUGAGGCGCUGAAAGGCGUGGAUCGUGUCAGAUUCGGUGCCUUGGAAGAAGCAAACGCUCUUGUUGCCCCCGACAAGAAGUUGAAAUUCUACAUCGUGGAGCUAACUCACUACGUGUUGUUUGCGGAGCAUUAUGACGAAGCUGGUUGGUUCGAAGAGGAGCGUGAACAAUCCAUCGCCUGGUACAAUUAUCGUCCGGACCCAGACGACUCCAUUCAAAAAGUGGAGAAAACUGAGGCGACACUUAAUUUUCUCAAUCCAGCUAGAGAAACUCUGACUCAACUUUGGAUGCCUCACGGUGUUAAGGAACUCCAUGCUUACACGGGUAACGAAGGUCCGUCUAGUUCGACAAAGUACUCUAGAUUCGCUAUUGUGGCUUGGCCGGAAAGUCGCCACGCCGAAAAUGCGCUCGAGUUCUUGCCGAUGGAUCUUGCAUGCAAGGCUCUUAAUGCUCGUAAGCCAUUUGAUGCGUCAACACUUCGGGUGUUUUUGAAUCAAGUCGACAAGCGCUUUAAGACUGAGGUGGAUUAUAGUUCGCCUUACGGGUUCUCCAUCGAGUUCUGCCUGCUAUUCUGCGAGCUGGUGCUGGAAGCUGGUGAUUCCGAUCUGGUGAGCUUUUUCUUUACGAAGCUGUGUCCAAAAUUGGGUGACAUUGAAGAGAACGAGACGCUAAUUCCUCUUCUAGUGGCGAUCAUACAAAAAUACGACUGGAGCAAGAUCGGAACGGCUGUCCUCGCUUCUUUGAGCAAGGCGCUGCGGAGUUCAUCAACCACGAUCAAGCGCGAUAAGCUUUCUGAGGUCGAGCUAACUUUACGAGUGAUCGAUGCGUUGGACGACGGAGAGGCGCAGACAGCAUUGCUGGAAAUGGUUUUGGAGAAAGCAAUGAAGUUAAAAGACGAGCUGUUCUGCGCGCCGAAGGUGGUCCCUCUACUCUGCAAAUGGUCUCGUCGAUCCAGCGACCCCAGUAAAUUUAAGGCGUACUCUGACAAGCUCAUGAAGAUGGAUCCAAGUCUACUUGGUUCUGUUAUAGAAGGAAUAUCGAAGCUCUUCGCCGAUGAGGAUAAGACUGGGGAGCUGUAUGAGCUGGUUAAUGCUCAGAUGCCCAAGCGAAUCGAGUGGCUGGAUAGCCAGAUUCCUGGGAUGAGUAAGUCGUUCACGUGGGAGAUGCCGGAUGGCAAGUUUUGCGAAUCUCCGGAAAUUGAGAAGUUUUUAAAAGGACCAGAAGAGGAAAUGGACACUAAGAACGCGUUCGGCUUCGAUGAUCUUAAACAAGCCCAGGAUUAUGCAGUGGAAGGUAAUAAUGAGGACCGAGAUGAUGCUUCUUUUACAAUGGAGGCUGUAGGCUCUGACAAGGAGGCGUAUUUGAAGAUUACUAAAACGCGGAAAUGGUUUGAUGACCGUCAAAAGAAGUUGGAGCAGUACAAAGCGGAAGUGGCUGGAUUGAUGGAACGCUUCGGCGAGAAAAUGGAUCGUGGUGAUAUGAAACGCGCUCGCCACGAAUGA